GAUCUAUUUAGAAUUUUCAUUUAAUAUGGAUCAUCAAAAGGAUAUACAAUCAUUGUCUCACAACUCAUGCAUACUGUACCAUUAUCUUUCUAAUAAGUUUGGAUCUAAGACGGUCGUAACGUGCAGGCGAUACAAAUACAAAUGCUUUGAUGAUUGUAUGCAGAAUGCAGAUAUCAGAAUAAUUAGCAGUGGUAGUAAGGCAGAGGGCCUUGACCUCCCUGGUAGUGACCUAGAUCUGAUGUUUCUUUCUAAUGAAAUUGUAGUCUAUGAAAAUGUGCCAGAUGAUGACAAGGAUUCGUAUCUCCUUGAUACCGAAAAUGCUUCGGUUGGGUUUGCUUUUAUAAAAGUUCCCCAGAGAUAUUCAAACAACAUAAAGGAUACAAACACUUUUAAUGGCUUUCUCUUGACAAAUAAGUACAUUAAGGAACGAUUCAUCUAUGAGCUUGCUAAAGACGAGUGGUUUAUGGGUAUCACGCGUAAAGUAUUGAAUAUUCAAGGGCCAAGUAUUUCAGCUACAUUUCAAGGAGUAGUUGAUGCUGAUCUUGUCCAAUGCCAUUCUUGUUAUGAUUGGCCUUCCGUAGCUAAAAAAUGGAUUUUCCGAAGUAGAUUUUCUAACUGGCCAGCAGAAAGUUUGAUUAAAGAGUCAAUUAUUGAAGGCGUACUAUUAGUACCUGUUGGUAGUAAGUCAAAUUCCAAUGUCGAGAACUGCUACGAAUGGAGACUUUCGUUUUCUCUUGUUGAAAAAAUAUUAAUUCAUUCGUUCAACCAUUGUCAGCUGUUAUGUUAUGCCCUGUUAAAGAUUGUACUGAAAGAAAUAAUUGACAGUGUAAAUAUUUUUAACAAAUUACUGUGUUCAUAUUUCAUUAAAACGGUUCUAUUUUGGGUCCCAGAAGAACUUAGCGUCACAUAUUGGAUACCCAAAAACUUGUUGCGUUGUUUUUCAUUUUGUAUUCAAAGACUGCAAUGUUUUAUAUUGUGUAAUUAUAUUCCAAAUUAUUUUAUACCUGAACAUAAUUUAAUUGAGGGAAGAUUUCCAGAAGAAGUUCGAAAACAACUUGAGGUUUUUAUUGGAAAAUUUCUUAAAGGUGAUAUCAUGAAAAUACUUUCGUCCUCUAAGUCACUUUCUGGAUUACAACGUGGAUGUGUCUUAAGCGACGUUUCAAUGCCACGUCAAGACAUUUCCGAUUUCGAUAAAACUUUUAUGACAGUGAGCAUCUUUGAUACUACGCAACUUGCAUUUAUUAUAAAGAGGUCGCUGAAUUUUUUCCUCUACAUAAUUCUAAAUGAGCACUAUCCAAAACCACUUAAAAAUACCUACGCUAUUGCAUUUCUAGACUACAGUAGAAGUGAAGCUUUGUCUAUUAACAUGCUUUCAGGCGUUUCUGAUUCAAACUGCAAUGAUAACAAGCAUUACUACUCCAAAUAUAACCAAUGCUUAUGCCAUUUACUGUUGAGUAGAUACAGUGAUGCCGUGUCAGGCUGGUUACUGCUAGCGGUAUUUUUCUACUCUUCUAAGGAAUAUUAUAAGAUGAUUGAUGUUCUUCAAAUCUCGAAGGAGUUUUUUUCACCAGAUUUAAUUCACUUGGCUGGCUGGUGGAACUUACCUACACUCGAUCAAAUUCGAUCUAAGAAAAUGAUACUUCAAAGUAAGUCUUUUCUAAAACGAUUGAGAACUUCAUUCUCAAAAUCUGUUACGAUAUCUAAAAACAAUGAGAACGAUAAUGGUUUUGUGUUUCAUAAAGACUUAACAGUUACCAGUGAGGAGUUUUGCAUUGGAAGUCCAAUAGUAUAUCACCGUUACCUUACUUUUUUAUAUGCUUAUAAAGUAGAUAGUACUCGGGAAAUCACCAUUGCUCUCCAGUCACUGAAAGAGGCUAUUGAAAACUCAAUCAAUUCAGAUGUAGUGUCCGUUUUAACGAACUAUAUGUGUUUAUUCAAAGCACAACAGCGUGUCGGGAUUCAAGAAAACUAUAGCACUUAUCUGAGAAUGCUUCCAAUCUUGUCCUCUUCUGAUACUAAACACAUUUUAUCGACAUUAAAUACAAUGUUUUGAGAAAGGAGAGUGAUUGGAUAUGAAUGAGUAUGAAUAUGUUAUUGACUUAUGUACCAAUGUGUUACUCAAAUAUCAUUUUUAUUUAGAAUGAAAGGAAUAUCCAAAACCAAUACACGAGUGAUAUAUCAAAAACGAGCACAUUAACAUGCUUAGUCUGUAAAUAAACAUACUAAUGUAUAAGCAUAUAUUUUUGAGAAGAAACAAUGCCUUUUUACAUCUGUUUUAUUUUUUUUCCCUUUUCUCUUUAAAUCAAAAAUCUGUCAAUUUUUAUUUUUUUUAUAAUUUGGUACUUCAAUAAAAAUACAUAUACAUAAAAACGAUAUUGGAUCCAAUGAGACAACCAUCCCAAAUCCUAUACGUACCUCGAUAUGCAGAAAAUGUAAAACAAUUUAGAGAGAAAACAUAUAGAUUGCUUUAGGGAUCAUUGAAAUUCAAAUAUAACAGUUGCAACCAACGUCAACCACUUAAUUACUGGCCCCUGACUAAAAUAUG